AUGAAAAGAAGUAGAGACUCAACGGAUGAUCAAAAAGACUCACAUGCACAAAAGAAAGUUAGGAAUGGCACAUCUAUCCCUUUCGUACAUCGUUUGGAAAAUGACAUUGGGACCGGCUUCGCGGACUUUACCACAAACAUGUAUAGUUCACGCAACAAUAAGAGAAACAUUGAUGAAAUGAACGGGCAGCCUGAGCCUGAGUCAGACCGACCAGCUAAGCGCAUGGAUCAUGACCAUGUCAUGCGAGACGAAGUUAUAAUGCAUAGCCCACGUAACAAUAAGAGAAAUAUGGAAGAAAUGGGCGGACAGGUCGAGCCUGAUUCAGACCGACCAGCUAAGCGCAUAGAUCAUGGCCACGGUGUUACAUGGGCCGAUAAUGUUGACGCCAUAAUGCAUAGUCCCGUUAAUAAUAAGAGAAGCAUGGAGGAGAUGAACGGGCAGCUCGGGUUGGAGUCAGACCGACCAGCUAAGCGCUUGGACCAUGGCUACAAUACCAUGCCUGCUGCCAGCGAUCAUGAUAUCAUGCGAGAUGAAGUCCAACCGAACCAAGGAUUGGGGGGUGAGAUGACCGUCUACGCCAAUCGAGUUAGGGUUUAUCAUCGACUUUUGGAGAUUAGUAUUGACGAAAACCUAUGUAACGCGUUGAACGUAGUCUAUGCAAGCGAUAUCACAAUUUUGGCCACAACCAUCCAUGACUCUCCGCAACACAUCCGUUUGUGGGCUUUGCAGCAACUGGAUGAGAAAUUCAGAAGAACUAUCAUCGAACUCAUGUCGGACAUUGAAAGGCAUAAGGAAAAUAACGACCCUAAGUCUGCUCUCCCUACCAUCAUGACAGACUCGUUGGCCCGUGAACGCGUUGUCGGGACCCGGACCUGUUUUGUAUGCGAAGAUGGAUUUUGCAGUGAAAAUAAGAAAAACCCGGUAGAUGUCGAAGACGUCGUUUGGAAAGACUGCGGCGCUCAUUUAAUGCAUCUAGAGUGUUUUCGCCGACAAGUCUUGGAAGGCAAAAUGCCCCUCAAAGGCCUUUGCGCAUGUAUCGAUAACGUUUGCUAG